CUUUUGUUUGUUCAAGUGAAAUAUAUUUGGAUUGUGUGUGUAUUUUUUGUUUGUUUCAUUUUCAUGGAAAACAGUUGAAUCGAAAAAAUGGAUAAUUUCGAGAGUUUUAGUGAAGAUUUGAUACCGCGCAUUGUGCCACAACCAACUUUGCAUCCGGUUUUGGAUAUGUCAAAGCCAAUUGUUCCCGAAGUGUCUUUGAUUUUUGAUGAUCCAAAAGUAGUUUUAGGCAAAGGAUCACAACCCAAAAGUUAUAAAGAAUGGAAACAGCAACAACAGAUACCGCUACAACAUCAACAAGAACCCGCCACUGCAAAAUUUGCAUCAAGCCAGAUAUCGGCAACAGAUCGAAAGAAAAUUGUCACAUUCGAUUUGCCAAAGGAGACUCCGAUAAACAAAAAUGUAUUAUUACCAUCAAAUGAGAGUACUCCGAUCGCUGUGUGUCAACAAUUGGACCUAAGUUUAUGUGAACCAAGAAAAAUUAACGAUACCGGUUGUCAAAUGGUUAAACCCAACUAUUUAACAGAAAGGCGAUCUUGCCCAACUAUCCAAACAAACACCAACAAUUUUACGCAACAACAAAAACAUAACCAAAUAGUGGCUGCACAUCAAUUCAUUGCGAACGAAAGUUGUACACAAUUACCAAUGAACCAGUACAUGAAUCAAAUACCGAAUGCCAAUCAAAAUUUGAACCAAAUUCCCAUAAAUCAGAACACGCCAAACGGUAUUACGCUGAACGAUGUCUAUCAAUUGCUACAGAAUAUGCAGUCAAAUGGUCAAUCAUCAUCACCGAUAAAUAAUAUGCAAAACGAUUUCAAUCGAUUGAAUGAUGUACAAAAUCAGCAUGGUGUUUUUGAGUUGACACCCAAAAAACCGUCGAACAACGGUGAACCAACGAUAAAAGAUAUGUUCGGUGUGAUUUUGCGACAACAAGAACAAUUAAUGAACAUACAAAAUCAGGUCCAUAUGUUGCUUGAACGAUCAUCGCAUAAUUAUAUAGAGGCUAGACAUCAAACAAAUAAUAAUAAUAAUCAAAUGAUGAUCGGUGAUAAUAAUGGCAAUCUAAAUCGGAAUGAUGCACGUACAAAACAGGUUGGCGUUAUGACUAGUUUAGAAAUAAAUAUGCAAAAUUUUAAAGCGGGUGAAAGUCAAUCGGUGGACAAUUUUAAUACACCACAAAAAGUGAUAAACCAACAAAUUGUUAAAUCAUGCGGAUGCAUGUGCAAUUGUGAAAAACAAAAAGAGCCACAAUCAUCGGAUUCCGGUAGUAAUGAUGACAAUUUUGAUACGAGUCCAAAACAUGAUGAUGGCACACAAACGGGAUGGACAUUCUAUGGAAAUAUAUUGAAUCAAGUAAAUGACGUACUGCAAAAUACAUCACCAAUAUCAAAUACGAAAACUAACGAUGCUCAAAGUCCACAGAUUAGAGCUAAUAUUGAAAAUAAUUUUAAUGGUGAAAAUCGACGCCAUUCAAAUAUUAUGCCGAACAUUCGAAGUGCCCAAAUAAAACAAGUUGGCUUUAAAAUUGACGACGUGAACAUUUCCGCUAUGACCAAAAGAAUCACAUUUGGUUCUUCGUCGAAUGAAAUUCUUCGAUCGCCUGCCGAUAGAGUUGCACCAAGCGAUAAAAGUAUGAUGAUGAAUGCAUUGGCUAUGAAAUAUCUACCGUGUGAUUUAAAUAAUUCGCAAUCACCGAAAUUCGUAUCGAAUGAGGUCAAUCAUACAGCAACGAUGACAAACACGCAUCACAAUGCAACCGUAUCAACCACAAAUGGACAUUUAAUGAGUCGUCCAAGUGAAUUUGAUAGCAGAAAUACAACCACCGAUAUGUCAAUGACAAGCUACCGCUACAUGGAAAAAUACGGUCUUCUCUGAUUCUUCAACCAAUUGAUUUUAACUAUAUUUUUUUUUGUUUAGAAAAUGUAUCAGUUUACGUAAAUUUACAUCUGAUAAAAAACGGCACAGUGUCAGUAGUGAUUUUGAUUCUUUUUUAUAAAUAUAUAACUAUAGUUCAAUUUUAAUUAAUAAUUAUAAUUGUUACACUUACUCUGAAUGGCGAAUGAGUUUGAG